AUGCCAAGACAAGAUAGCAGUGAAGAGGACAAUAAUCUUUUAGAUGAGGAAGAUGAAGAAGAGGAAACGUUAUCACCAAAAUCUAGUAAACGAAAUUCAACAGGAUCGAUCACUAUUGAAAGUCCUGCUCCUGUACGACAAAAUCAAUCGUCCAGAAGAAAAUCUACAUUAUUUGCUCCAACUGCUAAUUUAGAUAUUAACAAUGACGAUGAAGAAAAGAUGAAUAAUAGGAGGAAGCGUAAAAGUGUUGUUCCUGCAUCUUCUAAAUUUUUAGCAGGAGCAACAAGUCGGAAAAGUGGAGUACACAGACCAUCAACAACUUCCAGACAUGUUUCUCCUUCAGAAUUGGAAGAAUUAUUUAUGAAUUGUAUUAAACUCUCAACAGAGAAUAAGAUUACUACAAAAAAUGCUUGGGAGUUGAACUUGCUUGACUAUAUUGGUGAAGUAUUAGGAUCUAACUUGGGUGGUGGUACAUUUCAAACAGCUAGUUGCACUUUGGAUGCAGGCGUUAAAAUUUACUCUACUCGUGUGGAUUCUAUUCACUCUGAGACGUAUAAAGUAUUGGGCAGCUUUGCCCGAACACAGGAGAAAGGAAAAGCAGACGAAACAGAAAAUAACCAAGAAGGAAAGGAUUCUGAUAAGUCAGAGGAAAAAACAAAGAAAAAACGUGUAAGAUAUGGAGUCAAUACAUUAGAAACAAACGUGAACAAUAUUACUGUUAAAAAAUUAGAUCUCAACUAUAUGAUCGAGCCACUAUACCAUAACUCUACUGGUUCUUCAAAUAAUUUUGAUGUUGGGAGUGCUCACUCAUUAUUAUUGAAUAAUUUGGGUUUAGGGUUAGGUUGUGAGGUGAUUAUAGAUUCAAAGAGUUGGGACUACAAAUAUUCUAAAAUUAUUGAGAAUAUUCCACAACAAUCUGUGCAACCAAUUCCAUUCCAGGUAGAAGAAGAAGUGGAAGAACAUGCAAAUAAUAUUACGCUAGAUAAGAGCACCAUUAAAUCUUUUAAUAACUCAUCAAUGAUGGAGGAUGAGGAAGAAGUCAAUCAUGAACAACCUCCACCUCUUCAAUCUGAGGAGAAAACAUCUCUCGUUGGGGAAUCCGAUCAACUCCAACAGCUAGAAAUCAAUCCAAACCAACAUUUCGAUAUUGAGCUUGGGGGAUUGGAAACAGGUAUUGAUGAUAUUCAAUCAAUGGUACCUGAUGAAAUUGCUGGUCUCAAUAUGACACAAGAAAUUCCUCACAAAAUAUCCAUCGGCUGUGAAGGAGCAGCCUUAAUUAAUGCAGUACACGAAGUUGGAGGACUUGCUCCUGACCACUUUGAAAAUGUUGAUCAUGAAGAUGAUGAUGACGAUGAGGGAGGUCUUUUUGAUACUGAUUUUGCCAAUCCUGAGCCUAUUGAAACCCAAACUUCAGAUUCAGGUGAAGAAAUUGUUACAAUAGAAGAAAAACAAAAAGAAUCUGAAAAUGACAAACAACUCUCAUUCCUUGAUAUGUUGCAAAAGGAUCCAGAAUCUUUAACUGUUGACGAUGAUUAUGCAUACUUUGAUGUUACAAAAAUUAGACAUUGGUCGGGUAUUGACCAUUGGAAACCAACAGUAAAAUCCACAACUCAUACCAACAAAAAGACUACAAAAAAGAGAACUCAAAAAGAAGCUUUCAAAUUUGACUUUUUAACAGAUUGUGACAAGAUUGAUUUUGCAACAGAUUUUAAAAUUAGUAGUAAACCAGAAAAGAACCAAAUGGCAGAAAAAUCCAUUAAUGCUCAAAAGACUACACUUUUACCAGAAGAUUUUCACUACGAUCUGGCGACCCUACUGAAACCUUUCAAACUCCCACCAAUAUUCACAAACAGAUCGUUGAAAGCUGUUUCUAUUAAUGAAUUAGGAUCUCAAAGAUUUAAUUUUGAAAAAUCUAAACAACCUGUAGUGAUAGAUACGAGCAAAAGGCAGAAAACCACUGAAGGAGGAAUGAAGGUAAUUCAUUCAAGUCAGCUUUAUGAUGAAAGUGAUGAUGAGAACGAUCAACCAAUGACAGAAAUUGGUGGGUUUGAUAUGGAUUUGGGUGGAUUUGAUAUGAUUACAGAUGAUCUCACUCAACCCAAUAUUGAGCCUACUAUUGAGCCGACAACAGAGAUCAUAAUGCAAGAUCCAAAUUUAACAUAUCAAACACAACAAGACACUUUCCAAUAUGAUACUAUCAAACUCAAUGAUUCAGCCUCACUUUUGGAUGAAAAAGAAAUUCAAGUAGCUACUCAAAAUCUCAAUUCUACAGCAAAUACAGUUGGAGGUGAAAAGCUAAUAGAAGCUCCAAAGAAGGUCUCAAAAUUAAAUAUCAAGUACGAAUCCAAAGCCAAACAGGUUGACGUCAGAGCUCUCAAAGAACAUUUAUGGAAAGAAAUAAGGUCAUCUGAUGAUAAGAAACUUGACUUCUCUUCCGUUGUCUCGACUGUUAAUACAACAAAACCAAAAGAAGGAGAAAGAAAACCAGAUUUUUCUGAAGCUUCUAUUCCUUUUUGCUUUAUUUGCAUGCUUCAUAUUUGUAAUGAGCAGAAUCUGGAGCUUGAAGGUAGAUCAGAUUUUUCUGACUUUUCUGUUGUAAAACCCAAAUCAAAUAGGAGAGUUUCCAUUAAUGAAGAAGAUGAGCAAGAUGAUUAA